AUGUUCGACGGCGUCACCGGACGAAGACGCGCGGUGUCCCUGCGCGGACGCUCGCGAGCGAGCGAACGCACGCGGGAGGAGAUUCUCGAGUCAUCGCGCGACGCGCGCGCGCGGCGAGAACGCGACCGCGCGACGACGCGCGCGGUGGAGACGUGUCAAGCGCGCAGACGGUCCACGGUGGCGGUGCGUCGGGCGCGGGAGAGGGCGCGCGCGUCGUACGACGGCGCGACGUGGGACGACGAUGGGGGGGUGGAUGCGGCGACGCGGCGCGCGCGGUGGUUGGGAUUCUUCGGAGACGAGAGACGAGACGUCGGUCGAGUGGCGGCGUGCGCGACGGCGUGCGUCGCGGACGCGAAUGGACGGUUGAGAGAGACGUUCGUGGCGAGCGUGGGGCGGGGCGGUGAUGCGGUCGGUGGGAUGGAUGACGGCGCGGGGCGGGAGGCGCGACUGCGCGGAUUGACGCGGACGGCAAAGUUGGCGCGCGUGACGCUGCGCGCGCUGCGCGCGGCGUCGAGCGAGGAGACGGACGGGCGACACGCGCGGGCGCUCGCGAUGGGGUUAAUGGCGAUGAUGCGUCGCGAUGACGAGAGGUGGGGACGCGCGGGAAUUGAGUUGUGCGGGCUCGCGUUGUGCGACGGGCGCGAGUUGGAGGUGAUUCGCGACGCGUUACGGAUGUCGACGCUGAGCGUCGAGACGCGGGAAGCGUUACGGAUGACGUGCGAAAAUAUUGCUCGAUGUGAGAACGGAGGCGCUCUCGCGUGGGCGCUCGCGACGAUUCCGCGGGUGUGGGACGCGCUCGGCGGCGUUCGCGAAUGUCGCGAACUUUGGGCAUUCGUCGUGUCUCGAUUGGCCGCGGAGACGGCGCCGACAACGGGCGACGGUCUCUUGCGAGACGUCGACGUCGCACUUGGAAAUGUGUUACGACCGGUGAAGACGUUCGUGAGCGAUGCGCAGAGCCCGAUGGAUGUUCGCGCCGCGCGGGCGCUCGUAGAAACGGUGACCGCGCUCGUGGCGUCGCCGUCGUCGAGCGGCGCGCUAUUCACGAUGGAGGGCGAAAAAAUCGAUGUCGAUGCGGAUGAAGAUGAAGAAGAUGAUGAUGACGACGACGACGAGUAUGACGCGCGCACCAAGAAAGCGGACGCACUCAACUUGCGCUCGGUGAGAGCGGAGAGGAGGAAAGCGCGAGCGAUUCCCGCGGAUGCGGACGUCGACGCGGUUCGUCGGACGUCCACGUUCGAGGACGUCCACGACUUUUUUGGUGAUGCGUCGUCCAUCGCACGUUUGAUGGGCGCUUUACUCCCUGCCGGGGACGAACGCGAGUGCACGAAUAGUUCGGAGGCGUUUUCAUCCUUUGUGUUCGCGUGCGAUUUCACGUUGCGAGGGAUCGAGCGACAAACGUUUCUUCGUGCGCUCACGUUUGGCACGGAUUGCUUUGGCGCGCUUUGGCCCGCGCUCGUGCAUGACAAGGAGGCUCGAAGUCGCGCACAUCGUCGUUUACUCGGUGUUUUCGCCAAGUUUUACAACAUGUACACUAUGAUUAGCGACGACGAGGAGUUUUAUCGGUUGGGAAAACCUCUUAAUUUAGAGGCGACGAAGACGUUUAUCGCCAUGCUUAGAGACGCACUCUGGCAGUUGUUGUGGAUCGAGCGAGGACCAGACGGCACGCCGCUCGACGCGAUCACGUUCUCGGACGAGUGCAUCGAUGCCGAAACAUGGUACGAGUGCUCCGCCGCGCUCGCACUAUUGCAUGACCGGAACGGACGUCAUCAAUUCGUGAAUCCGCUCGUGUUUCAGGUGAGCGAAACGCACGUAGAUAUUCCCGCUCUGCUCCAGGAAGCUCGAGAUCCGAAGUCGCGCGCGUCCACGCUCUUGUCUGGUGCACCGUGUUUGGUUUCGUUCGAAGUGCGCGUGCACAAAUUUAUGGACGAGCGGCGGCGAAGUCGGCAAAUCGUCGGCGCCGGAUAUGCGGGCAUAAGCGUUCGUCGAGGUCAUUUACUCGAAGACGGAGUCAACGCGCUUUCGAGUAAGCUCACGGAAACUUUGAGUGGAAUUAUUCGCGUGCAAUUCAUCAACGAACAAGGGCUCGAAGAGGCCGGCGUCGACGGGGGUGGACUGUUCAAGGACUUUCUCAACGAUUUGAUCGCCGAGGCCUUCAAUCCAAAGUUCGGUCUCUUCAUUGAGACGCCAGAGCGAACGCUUUAUCCAAACCCCGCAUCCGAGAUGCACGCCGGCGAGAGGCACUUGCAGUACUUUUUCUUUCUUGGCGCCAUCCUGGGCAAGGCGUGUUACGAGGGAAUCUUGCUCGACGUCCCGCUCGCGGGAUUCCUCCUCGCCGCGCUCAAGGGUCGCCGCGUCGAGUUCAACGAUUUGGUCACGCUCGAUCCCGAGCUCUAUCGAAAUCUGGUAUCUCUCAAGCGCUAUCCGGGGAACGUGGAAGAUUUAUGUCUCUACUUCACCGCGAUGGAUCGAAGCGGGAUGGAGGAGACCGAGAUCGAGCUCAUUCCAAACGGUUCCAAUGUUCUCGUGACCAAUGCGAAUGCGCCCCGUUACCUGAAUUGCAUGUCCAUCUUUUUACUUCGCGCGCAAAUGUACAGGCAACUGGCUAGCAUGAAGGCGGGAUUCGAGAUAAUGAUGCGGAAACGUUGGUUGAACAUGUUCACCCCCGCAGAGCUUCGAUUGCUCAUUUCGGGUAAUCGCACAGGAUCGAUGGACAUCGCCGACAUGGCGGCGCAUUGCGAGUACUCGGGCGGCUACGACGCCUCGCAUCCGACGAUUCGAGUGUUGUGGAACGUCAUGCGCGAGCUUACUCCAGAUGAACAGCGCGAAGUCUUGAAGUUUAUCACCGCGUGCAGUAACACACCGCUCCUCGGAUUUUCACACCUCGAGCCGAAGCUGACGAUACACAGAAGCGGAACUUCUGGUACGGACGCGCCUGACGCGACCGCCGAUUUAACACGUCUUCCGACUGCGGCGACAUGCAUGAACCUGCUCAAGCUACCGCCCUAUAGCUCAAAAGCGAUGCUUAAAGAAAAGUUGUUGUACGCCGUGCAGUCGGGAAGCGGAUUCGAUUUAUCAUGA